CCGACCCCGCCGCCCGCGCAAGAUGUCGGCUCGGACGCCAUUGCCCACGGUGAACGAGCGGGAUACGGAGAACCAUACAUCUGUGGAUGGAUAUACCGAAACACAUGUUCCUCCUACCAAAUCAAGUAGCAGACAGAACAUUCCCCGGUGUAGAAACUCCAUUACGUCAGCAACAGACGAACAACCUCACGUCGGAAAUUACCGCUUACAGAAAACAAUAGGGAAAGGAAAUUUUGCCAAAGUGAAAUUGGCAAGACAUGUUCUAACAGGUAGAGAGGUAGCUGUGAAAAUAAUAGACAAAACUCAGCUAAACCCUACCAGUCUACAAAAGUUGUUCCGAGAAGUACGAAUAAUGAAGAUACUGAAUCAUCCUAACAUAGUGAAACUGUUUGAAGUUAUUGAAACAGAGAAGACGCUCUACUUAGUCAUGGAAUACGCAAGUGGGGGUGAAGUCUUUGAUUACUUAGUUGCUCAUGGAAGAAUGAAAGAGAAAGAGGCCCGUGCCAAAUUCAGGCAGAUUGUAUCUGCUGUACAGUAUUGUCAUCAAAAAUGCAUCGUUCACCGUGAUCUUAAGGCUGAAAACCUUCUCCUUGAUGCUGAUAUGAAUAUUAAAAUUGCUGACUUUGGUUUUAGCAAUGAAUUCACAGUGGGGAACAAAUUGGACACAUUCUGUGGAAGCCCGCCUUAUGCUGCCCCCGAGCUUUUCCAAGGCAAGAAGUACGAUGGGCCGGAAGUGGAUGUGUGGAGUCUGGGCGUCAUUCUCUACACACUGGUCAGUGGCUCCCUGCCUUUUGAUGGCCAGAAUCUAAAGGAACUUCGAGAGCGAGUCCUUCGAGGGAAGUACCGCAUUCCCUUCUACAUGUCCACAGACUGUGAGAAUCUCCUGAAGAAACUGUUAGUGCUGAAUCCCAUAAAGAGGGGCAGCCUGGAGCAAAUAAUGAAAGACCGAUGGAUGAAUGUUGGUCAUGAAGAAGAAGAGCUAAAACCAUAUUCUGAGCCUGAGCUUGAUCUCAAUGAUGCAAAAAGAAUAGACAUUAUGGUCACCAUGGGUUUUGCACGAGAUGAAAUCAAUGAUGCCUUAGUAAGUCAGAAAUAUGACGAAGUUAUGGCUACUUAUAUUCUUCUAGGUAGAAAACCACCUGAGUUCGAAGGUGGUGAGUCACUGUCCAGUGGAAACUUGUGUCAGCGAUCCCGGCCGAGCAGUGACCUAAACAACAGCACCCUUCAGUCACCUGCUCACCUGAAGGUCCAGCGAAGCAUCUCAGCCAACCAGAAGCAGAGGCGCUUCAGUGACCAUGCCGGUCCCUCCAUCCCCCCUGCUGUCUCGUACACCAAAAGGCCGCAGGCCAACAGUGUGGAGAGUGAACAGAAGGAGGAGUGGGACAAAGACACAGCCCGCAGACUUGGCAGCACCACGGUGGGCUCAAAGAGUGAAGUCACAGCCAGCCCCUUGGUGGGGCCGGACAGGAAAAAGUCCUCAGCUAGCCCAAGUAACAACGUAUAUUCUGGUGGUAGCAUGGCGAGGAGGAAUACGUAUGUGUGUGAGAGGGGCACGGACCGGUAUGCGGCCUUGCAGAAUGGAAGAGACAGCAGCCUUACAGAGAUGUCUGCCAGCAGCAUGUCCUCGGCAGGCUCCACCGUGGCCUCUGCUGGCCCCUCAGCACGUCCCCGCCACCAGAAGUCUAUGUCAACCUCUGGCCACCCUAUUAAAGUUACACUGCCAACCAUUAAAGAUGGCUCUGAAGCGUAUCGUCCUGGCAGUGCAGCUCAGAGAGCGCCUGCUGCCUCCCCGUCUGCUCACAGCAUCAGUGCCAGCACCCCUGACAGGACCCGCUUCCCCCGAGGGAGCUCCAGCAGAAGCACUUUCCACGGGGAGCAGCUCCGAGAGCGACGCAGUGCAGCUUAUAAUGGCCCACCUGCCUCCCCAUCCCAUGAAACGGGUGCAUUUGCACAUGCCAGGAGGGGAACGUCCACGGGGAUAAUCAGCAAAAUCACCUCCAAGUUCGUCCGCAGGGAUCCGAGUGAAGGCGAAGCCAGUGGCAGAACUGACACAGCCAGGGGUCCAUCAGGAGAGCCAAAAGAGAGAGACAAGGAAGAGGGUAAGGAGGCCAAGCCGAGGUCUCUGCGGUUCACUUGGAGCAUGAAGACCACUAGUUCAAUGGACCCCAAUGACAUGGUGAGAGAGAUCCGCAAAGUGUUGGAUGCCAACACCUGUGACUAUGAACAGAAAGAGAGGUUCCUGCUCUUCUGUGUCCACGGAGACGCAAGGCAGGACAGCCUCGUACAGUGGGAGAUGGAAGUCUGCAAGUUGCCUCGGCUCUCGCUCAAUGGGGUCCGCUUCAAGCGAAUAUCUGGGACAUCUAUUGCCUUUAAGAACAUUGCAUCCAAAAUAGCAAAUGAGCUCAAGCUGUAACGAUGCGUGUGCUCCAAGGUCAGGGAAGACGCACCCGCAUCUGAGGCACACUGUAAUGAUGUGUGCUCCAGGGUCAGGGAAGACACACCCGAAUCUGAGGCACAGGUCUGAAUGUACUGCUGAUACCUGAUGUGGUCCAGCUGUGAAUCUCCCAUGUAGACAUUGUCCUUAAUGCAAUAAGGUUAUACAUAGUUAUGAGCUGUAAAAUUCAAGUCAGUAUGAGCUAUAAUAAGAAUCGUAGCUUCAAAAGUAGGUUCACAUGUACAGGUAAGUAUACUGUGUAUUUCUGUUCAUUUUCUGUUCAUAGCUGUAUAAUAAAAUAUGAUUGCUUUAAACCUGUA